AUGGCCACUGCCUCUAAUUAUACUAGUUUUGUUUCAAAACAUCCACCAACUUUUCAGUGGUUUUGGAAUUCCGCUUCGGAUUCCUGGUCUGGUGAUGAACAAUGGCAGAAUUAUACGGAUAUUGAAAAUGAAAUUAUCGAGGAUGCUUAUAGUGCGAAGAAGACAGAAGUCGAAAUCGAUGGUGACUAUGUAAUUAGCUUCGAACACCAGAUUCAGUACAAGAAAAGUGCUACUGACAAACAACGUCCAGUAAAACGCGUUCAGUUUAACAGAGAUCGAAGCAAUGAUCAUCUGCGCGAAGAAAGAUUCUGGCUGCCCAUAAUACUCGCUCCUACAUCACAGCCGCCAGGUCACCAACCAGAAACCAGAGAUCCACUCGACCGUUUGCUGAAAUCGGCUCAGUUUCGGAACGCUUACCAUGAACUAGAGCUGAAGAACACGCCUAAGACUAUUGCGAACGUUGUCGAAUCGGCAGCCGCAGGAAUCAUAACAGAAGGCACAACGCUCGGUAAAACUAGUGAAGCUGAAUGGUUAGCUCAACGACUGUUGUCAGUCAAACAUUUUGGAACUCAUGUCGUGGCAAACCUAUUUUCACGAAUUGCCCCAGAAAUCGGUAAAACUUGUAUCUAUCUCUAUACGAAAGAAUCAUUUUGGUACAAGCUGAUUAAUCGCGUUCUUCGUGCGCCUGAGACCAUCAAGCGUGACCAAGUCCUAACGUUGGGACCAUUCUGUUGGCUGCUCUACGAGUAUUUGAUUCACAAUUAUACAACGGAUGUUCUAGUUGUGUAUCGUGGCUUGACUGUUACUGAUGAGCAACGUCAGCAGGUUAUGAAACCAACCUUGCAGUUCCCUUCGUUCACUUCGACGAGCAGAAAUCGGGAAAAAGCAGAACAAUUCGGAAACACUCUACUCAUCAUUGAUCUCAACGUGAAAUAUCGUGUUGCUAAAAAAUAUUAUGAUAAUGUGAAGUGUGGUGCAAACAUCUCCCACCUCUCUGAUUUUCCGAACGAAGAAGAAUUUCUGAUUUGGCCCGGAAGAUACUUUCAUUUUGUAAAAGAGGAGUACGACAAUGUGAAAAAGAAACACGUUAUUUACUUGAAAUCGUCAGAGGAAAAUCACUGA